AACUCCAAAUCUCCUAUAUGUCAUUUAUUUUUCCAAAAAGUGAAUAUUACCAGGGCCGGCCCAAUAGGUGGACAAACAGUCCGUCCGGGUCGGGCCCAAAAAUUUAAGGGGCACAAUUUUUUUUAAUAUUAUAAAUAUAUGUAUACGAAGCCCACCCAGUAUGUAAAGCCCAAUGCCCCAAUCCAUCCUUUAACUUACAGUUUUACUUACGCGCAAAACCUCGGAAGAAUCGAACGGAAGAAGGCUGGAACAACCACGAACGGAACUACUGACGGAAGAACGGACGAAGCCGCCGCCGCCGCCGCCAGACGCCGACCCUCAAGCUCCAGCCUCCAGGUAGGGAUCAGGGAUUGGAUGAGGAGCAGCCUGGAGGAUAAUGAUGAAGAGUGAAGUUGGUGGAUGGCUGAGGAACCUUAUUAUUAUUUAAAUAUCGUAUUUACUUAUUAUUCGAUUUAUCAAUAUUGUUCUGAAUGUUGUUUUUAAAGACUUUCACAAUGUUUAUUUUAUUUACUCCAAUUAAACGAUGAUUUGUUCUUAAAUAAAUAUGAAUGAAUAUU